AGAUAAAACAGUCAUGGCAGCAGAGAGGGUCAGGAUUUACUCCUAUGUGCGACUUCAGAACCUGUGCCUUUUUCCACUGGGCACCCACAUUUUAAAACACCCACUACUCUUCCUUCUAAUAUAGUUCAUCUGUGUCUCAGGGCAGGGGCUGUCUUAUAUAUACAUGUUCUAGCCUUCCUGCCACCCAGUAGGUGCGAAAUCAAUGUUGUGGUGUUGAGGAAACACUUGAAUUUUAUUUAUUUAUUUAGAGACGGAGUUUUGCUCUUGUUGCCCAGGCUGGAGUGCAAUGGCGUGAUCUCGGCUCACCGCAACCUCUGCCUCCCGGGUUCAAGCAAUUCUCCUGCCUCAGCCUCCCGAGUAGCUAGGACUACAGGCGUGCGCCACCACGCCCCGCUAAUUUUGUAUUUUUAGCAGAGACGGGGUUUCUCCAUGUUGGUCAGGCUGGUCUCGAAACACCGACCUCAGGUAAUCCGCCCACCUCAGCCUCCCAAAGUGCUGGGAUUACAGGCGUGAGCCACCGCGCCCGACCAACACUUGAAUUUUAAUCCUUACUUUGCUACUAACUGUGUCGUUGAAACAGUAUGUUGCUUUCCUUCUCUGGCCCUUAGCUUAACUAUCUGUACAGCGGGAACAUUGGCAAACUCCUACGUGGAGGAGCUUGCAGGUCCACUUCAAGUUAUCAGACUCUAACUAGGAGAAAACAUUGAGAAUUUAGGCUGAAAAUAACGACACAGUUUAUCACCUCGUUAAUUCCCAAACACCAUUACCGCGUCCUAAGCCACCCCACUUCCCUCUCCCCUAGCCGCCUUCCUUUAAAAAAAGAAUUCCCCUCUAGAGGGCGCGCAAGCUCUGCGGCCUUCGUUCCUCUCCCGUUUGCCUUCACUCUUCCUUCUGCGCAUGUGCUCAGUUCGCUAUCCGGCUGCUUGUACCUGGUUCAGGAGGUUCAGGCAGAGGUUGCACCCACUACGCCUGCGCAACCUCAGCCCCGCCCCUCCGCUGCUUUCCCCGGAAACGUUUCUUUCCUACGCAGCCGCUCCUGCCGCUGUGGUCGCUGGAGCUUUGCCUCUCUAGGCCGGCAGCGCCUCUCCUCCAUGGUCCUGUCUGUCAGCGCUGUUUUGAGAGCCCGCCGGUGAGGCCGGGCCACGCUUAGACACUUCGAUCGUCGAGUCUGUCACUGGGCAUGGCGGGUCAGUUCCGCAGCUACGUGUGGGACCCGCUGCUGAUCCUGUCGCAGAUCGUCCUCAUGCAGACCGUGUAUUACGGCUCGCUGGGCCUGUGGCUGGCGCUGGUGGACGGGCUAGUGCGAAGCAGCCCCUCGCUGGACCAGAUGUUCGACGCCGAGAUCCUGGGCUUUUCCACCCCUCCAGGCCGGCUCUCCAUGAUGUCCUUCAUCCUCAACGCCCUCACCUGUGCCCUGGGCUUGCUGUACUUCAUCCGGCGAGGAAAGCAGUGUCUGGAUUUCACUGUCACUGUCCAUUUCUUUCACCUCCUGGGCUGCUGGUUCUACAGCUCCCGUUUCCCCUCGGCGCUGACCUGGUGGCUGGUCCAAGCCGUGUGCAUUGCACUCAUGGCUGUCAUCGGGGAGUACCUGUGCAUGCGGACGGAGCUCAAGGAGAUACCCCUCAACUCAGCCCCUAAAUCCAAUGUCUAGAAUCAGGCCCUUUGGACAUCCUGCUGACACUUGGGCCCCUUAACACCUUGGGCUGCUCAGACCCUCCAGAUGAGGUCCAGCCCAGAUCUGAGAGGAACCCUGGAAAUGUGAAGUCUCUGUUGGUGUGGGAGAGAUAGUGAGGGCCUGUCAAAGAAGGCAGGUAGCAGUCAGCAUGACAGCUGCAAGAAUGACCUCUGUCUGUUGAAGCCUUUGUAUCUGAGAGGUCAGGAAGGGGACCUCUUUGAGGGUAAUAACAGAAUUGGAACCAUGCCACUCUUGAGCCACAAUACCUGUCACCAGCCUGUUGUUUUAAGAGAGAAAAAAAAUCAAGGAUAUCUGAUUGGAGCAAACCACUUCUUUAGUCAUCUGUCUUACCUCCCUGGGACAGCUGUUACCUUUGCAGUGUUGCUGAAUCACAGCAGUUACCUUUGCAGUGUUGCCGAAUCACAGCAGUUCUGUUGGAGAAACGCUUGGUUUCCGGAUCCAGAGCCACAGAAAGAAAUGUAGGUGUGAAGUAUUAGGCUGCUGUCAGGGAGAGGAUGGCAGAUGGAGGCAUCAAGCACAAGGAAAAUGCACAACCUGUGCCCUGUUAUACACACGUUCGUGUGCACCCAAGAACCGAUGACUUUCUUCCAGUUCCUUCUACCAGGUCCCCAUCCUGCUGCCAGCUCUCAACAUAGCAGGCCAUAGGACCAGAGAAGAAUCCCAGCGUUGCUCAAAGUCCAACCAUCAUAAAGACACUGCCUGUCUUCUAGGAAUGACCAGGCACCCAGCUCCCACUGGACUCCAGUUCUUUUUCCUGCCUUAUUUAGAAUUCUUUGGCGGGAAGGGUAUGAUGGGUUCCCAGAGACAAGAAGCCCAACCUUCUGGCCUGGGCUGUGCUGAUAGUGCUGAGGGAGAUAGGAAUUUGCUGCUAAGAUUUUUCUUUGGGGUGGAGUUUCCUCUGUGAGGGGCUUGCAGCUAUCCUUCCUGUGUAUACAAAUACAGUCUUUUCCAUGGUUCUGCCUGUACUUACUUUGUAAUGCCACGGUUGAGAUUGAGAGAGAUCAGUGCAGCCAGGCAAGGGAACUUUAAAGAAUUAUUAGGCCACCUUCUCCCUUUCCUGGACCCCAGAGUCAUUCCUCCAUUUGGUUAAAAUACUCAGUGCAGGGAACUCUUACAUCCUAUCUCCUUCACUUGCAGCGUCCCCUGCUAUGCCUCAGGUGAACCACAUAAUUCUUGGGUUUCCGUUCCUACUUGCUAGUGAUUUCUGAACAUGUUCAAUGGAGCGGCACACAGUCUAGACCCACUUCCGCAUUGAAACCUUCACUGUUCCUCUUUGGUUUCUUCAGAGCUUUCCCAAGAGAGCUGUCCGUUUUCAGCUGUCAGUAACACAAAUGAGUUUUGCUGUCUCCCUGAGAAGCCCAUCUGACCUCCUGGCUCUCAGCCCUACGGAGUAGGGAGUUGAUGCUGACAGGAUGAAGGUUUAGGAAUAAAUAUGCCUGGGAAGAGACUGGGAAGGUUCUAGGGUGAGGCACCUCAGUAACUCAUGGUACCUUGGCCAAGUUGGAAGGAAGCAGUUUGUUAAUGAGGCACAGUAAUCCUGGCUGCAGGGUCUAGGAGGUAAGACCAGCUGGGAUGACCUUCCCUGGGUUAAUCAGUUUCCCUCUAGACAACACAAACUCUGCAGGCACGUGACUAACUUUGAAAGAACACCCAUCAUGUGGCUGCUGUCACCCUUGACCAGCUGUGGUGGUGGUUACUCCAUCUGUGGUUGGAGCACCUCUUUGGGAUUCACUUCAAGGUCUUGUGCCUAUUUUUCUGCAUAUCUUCUGUGAUGACAAAUCUCUGUCCCCUGAGUGUUAAUUUGAUUUUUAGAAAUGGCCAAAAGUCACGUGAUCCAAACUUUUUUUCAGUAAUAUGGAGACUGAGCUGCAUGGUAGUUGGGGAUCAAAAAUAUGUGACCUUAAUGAGAUUUUUAUGAUUUCUAAAGUAACAAUAAAAGCAGUUUUUAGAGUUGAGUUCCAGAGAGGGCAGGGCAAUGGCAGUGACAUGUUUGUCAUUUUAAUAAUAAAUAACAUCUAUUGAGUGCUUAA